AAAUUGAACAAUAAUGUCUCACUUGAAAUUAGCGCUUUUGCCGUUGGGACUACUUUCCUGGUUCCUGGUGGAUCUUGCUCAGGUUACCGCUAAACACGUGAUAGACGUCAACGCCUAUUUUGAGGACUGCGAAAAUGGAUUACCGCUUCCGGCGGUGAACAUCGAUGAGCUCGAAUCGCUGGAAGAUGAGGAAGGAAAUUCGAUGCUAAACGGAAAUAUGGUGUUCAACGAAAAUUACUCCGCACCCGUGGAGCUUAAAAUCUCUACAGAGCGAAUGAAGCAGGGCUCGUGGACCAACGGCGAGGUUAAUCGUAAUAUCGACGACAUCUGCUCCCUGCUGAAAGAGAACAUAGAGCCGUGGUACGUGAUGACUAAACUAAUGUCCGAUUGUCCAUUCGAAGCCGGCCAAGUUGAAUCCUUCGACCACGCCGUUCUUGGGGAUUUGGGCCUAGAUAUCCCGGCACCAUUUGCUGGCGAUUGGCGAUUGUACGCGGAGGUGACCUCCGUGAGAAACGAGAGAAAGGUGACCGAGUGCGUGCGAAUAUCGUUCGCAAUCAAGGAAAUUUAGGACGGUGAUUUUCGAAUUAAGCAAAUAUAUUCGCGGGUAACCGCUUGCUGUAAGAAAAAGCAAGAAUAUAUACGUUUUGAGUAGU